UUUUUUGCUUUCUUUCUUUUAACAUCGACUUAAUUUUCAUCUUAAACAAUUAAAAUCAUUCCGAUAAGUUGUCAUUAUUUUUUUCUUUUUUUUCUACUCUCGCGAUUAUCAUCAACCGUGUGUUCCAAUGAUGUUACCUUUUCUUCAUACGCAAAUCUUCAUUAAGAGAUUUGAUUAACUUCGAUCGUACUUUUUAAGAAUGUUUAACGUGAGAUCUUAUGAUAUAAGUUUUUGUGGGUGCAGCAGAUGCGAUCGAGGACCGGAUAUGAGAAUAGACGUGAAUUUUCACAUAAAUGGAAACCAAAAUACGAGAGGUCGAUCCUUUGACUAAAGAAAUCAAGCUAUGUUAGAGUUCGCAGUGAGGUGAUGCCUCGAAAUCAGAGACGCUCGGCCAUUUCGGCCAUUCGGACGAUCCAUUUGGAAAUCCGAACGAUCCUGCCGAUUCUAUCGAUCCUAUGCUUCGUUUUCGGACAAGAGCGACCUUCCAAUUAUGACGAUGAUAAAGGUUACGUUAACGAUAAGGAUGCUAGUUACGAAAUAACGACGAAUUAUUUCACGUUCAACGAUAAUAAUAAAAUCGAUGUAACCGAAGAGAAUAGAAAUAAUUUUUGGACGAACGAAGAAUCAAAAGAAAAAUACUUUUGGUUAAGGAAAAGAAAAAGAGAAAAAAAAUUAUGGAAGGAUCGAAAGGAGAUUGACAAAAGUGGAUCAACGAUUCUUAUUCCAACGAAUGCAUUUGGACGAACGAUCGACGAAAAGUACAUUGAAUCGAUAGAUUCGAAAAUAAGAACGAGAAGGAAAAUAAGAGAAAGAGAAAAGAGAAAUAACGAGAAAUCCACUCGAUCCAAGGUUGAUCGGAAUUCUAAUAACUCGAUGACCGAGGAAUGGACUUCGAGGAAUCGAAGAAACGAAGCUAGAUCGGGGGAGACGAAGAGGUUUGGCGUAAGAGGAAGAAGAUCCUCUUGGAAUCUUCGCGGUGUCCGAAUAAAGCGAAAAUCUAUCCGCGAGAACUUCAAUGGACUUCCACGUGGAAAGACAUUCUUUUCUUUAAACGAACUGGACGAUUUACCACCGAGUGAAAAAGAAAAAGAAAGAAAUUUUUCUUUUACCUUGAAAGAUGGUAAAGGAUCAAAUUCGAGCAUUCUUGGAAGAAACGAAUUUCGUUUGUUCCGUAAAUCAAAAGAUCAUGGCGAAAUAAGAAAAAUUUCGGAUAAAUAUGAUGAAAGAUCGAACGAAAGGAAAUAUCAUGAUGAUGAAGAGAAUGAUGAUUUAAACGAUAACAAAGAAUUCACGGUGUUAAAUGAGGAUUUAAAUUUUUAUAAAUCGAUUAAGCGAGCCGAUAUAUACGAAAUGAAAGAACGUAGUAGAUGGAGAGAUAGAAAUAGAAAGAGAAAUAUUUCUCUUACGUCGAACGAUAGAAGAAAAUCGAAUUCUAGUAUUUUCGAGGGAGGCAAAUAUCGUUUAUUCGAAGGACCAAAAGUAACGGACGAGAGAAAAGUGAUAAAAAAGAAUGAAAAUACUUUUUACCGUAAGUUGAAGCAACAAAUGGAAUUGGAUGGAAAUGAGGAAGAAGUUAAAGAUUCGCGAAAGAAAAAAAUGAAUUUUAAGAAAUACGUAAGAGGCUUGAUACGACGAGAUCGUCGAGACGUCGAUAACUUUUUUGAAGGAGCAACUGUUCCUUAUCUGACAAAAGGGACGAUGAAGUUGUCGCGAAAAGUAGAGGAAGAAUCUUCCGUGAUGGUUUCUAAUCAUAAAGAAGUCCCUAAGGAUUCGAUUCGUCUUUGGUACGAAGAUAAUGCGAAGUUGAAAGAAGGAAAUGCGAUAGAAAUUCGUUCGAGAAAGGAAACUAAGAACAAAGAAUUCGGAACAAUGUGGAAGGGAAUAAGACGACGUCUUUCGAUUGCAGAUAAAAAGAAAAAAGAAAGGGAGGAAGCAUAUUUGGAUUUAAAGCAGUCGGACAAAGUUCGUCCAGACGUUCUCGACGUAAAACAAAGUAAGUCGAGAAGGGAUAUGGGAAAAGUCAUAAACGAAAUGCGUUUGAAUGAAGAGAAAUCGUCCAAAUUGACAGGACAGUUUGAUCUCAAUGUAAGAUCUCGAAACUAUUCGAAGAUGGAACAUUACAAUGAUUCGUUUUCACAUGAGUUGAAAAAUGUUGGAAUGAAAGAAUUGAGAAAUGAAAGUUUAGAUCUCAAACAAGGAGAAAAAACGGUCCUACUUCGUCCUCCGAUAAAUUCUAUGGGAGAGGAGGAAACCGUAAAGAUUGUUCCUUUAAGUUUUAACAGGGACGAAGAGAAAAAAGUAAAGGAAGGUACGUCAGGAAUCAUGAAUGUUUCCAAAGAUAGCUCGGUAUCCUGGAAUUCGACAUAUCGGAAAUACGAUACGUUCGAUUCCGACCGGAUAAAUUCGACUAGGAUGUCCAUCCUCGAAAGCAGUGGCCCAGCUGACUCUUCCAACGAUUUUGAUAGGAACGUUCGUGAUCCUGUAGAAGAUUUCUUAGAUCCAAGAUCACUCGACAAUUCUCAUUCUCAUUUUUGGAAGUAUAGGAAAAGGGGAGAGUUAAAGGAGAAUCCAAGGAGUGAUUGGAAGAGGCAAGAGAAGAACGAGGAAAGGCGUCACUACGAGAAGGAGAUAAGAAGGAAAGAUUUUCAAAGGAAUUUGUCGGUAAAAGACGAAGGACCUGUAGAAAAUACUACUAUUUCGUUCAACGAUUUUCUAGGAUUGACGCCAUUAAAGUUCUCCAUGGUAACCUUAGACGAGAAAAAUGGAACUCUAAAAGCAAAAAAUCGUGAAAUAAGCAAGUAUAAAAUGGAAGUUAAAACGACGAAGUUACCUAUAAUCGAAAAUAAAUUCAUAUUGAACUUUUCAACUUCUUCGAAAGAUAUUUCAGACAAUAUAAAAGGGACGAGGAAACAAGAAAAUCAUUUUAACGUAAAACGAUUGAAAGAAAUAGUCGGUGGAUCAAUCGAAUCAAAUACAAUGUUUUCCAAAAAGAAACGUUUCGAAUCGAGCGAGUUGAUAGGAAGUAGUAACCGAACGACAGAUUUUUCCAGAAACUCGAAUAGAUCCGAGAGGGACGAUAUCGAUCCAGUCACAAUAUCCCAAGAAAACUUCGAAACUUCCUGGCACCGAGGAAAUUCCAUGGAAACGACGGAUAUUUCCAUGUCGGAGAAUUCCGAAAGGACGAGCAGAAUUCCAAGCAGUUUCUCCGAUCGAUCAAUUUCUAAUGUCGAGAUCGAAGGGAUUACUAGUCCUCUUCCUGAUGUAUCCCCCCAAUGGAUCGAUAAUUCCCCAAAGGUGAAAUUUCCUUCCGGUUGGAUCGAUACGAUCGCAACUACGUCAAUAAUAGAGAAUGUUUCGGAUAAAGGAUAUGAAAAUAUUUCGAGUGCAGUUUCAGAAUGGACUACGGUUACCUGGGAAGAGACAACUAUUGCUAAUAUUUCGAUGAAACAAUCGAUUAGUGUCAUUCAUAAUUCGUCGAUUACGAAUCAGUGGCCAGUGAAACAUAGCGCAGUGGUCGAAGGUGACCUCGUUUUGGGAGGUUUAAUGAUGGUUCAUGAAAGAGAAGACUCGAUAACUUGUGGUCCUGUUAUGCCGCAGGGUGGUGUUCAAGCAUUAGAGGCUAUGCUCUAUACUCUAGACACACUUAAUCAACAAGAGAUCGUUCCCGGGGUCAAGAUAGGAGCACAUAUACUUGAUGACUGCGAUAAGGAUACCUAUGGCCUAGAAAUGGCGGUAGAUUUUAUCAAGGGAUCGAUAAGCAAUAUCGACGGAGCUGAAUAUCAUUGCAAUAAAACUACCGUUCGUAAAGUUAUCAGUGGCGUUGUGGGAGCUGCAAGUUCUGUAACAUCAAUCCAAGUGGCCAAUCUUCUUCGAUUAUUCCGAAUUCCUCAGGUCUCCUUCUUCUCAACGAGUCCGGAACUCUCGAACAAGCAACGUUUCGAGUAUUUCACCAGAACAAUACCAAGUGAUCAUUAUCAGGUCAAGGCCAUGGUAGACAUCGUUUUAAAAAUGGGAUGGAGUUAUGUGUCCAUCAUAUACGAGGAGAGUAAUUAUGGAAUCAAAGCUUUCGAAGAACUUGAGGAAUUAUUAACGAAGAACGACAUUUGCAUUGCAGUUAAAGAGAAAUUAGUUAAAGAUUCUGGAGUGGCAGAAGAAACGGCUUAUGAUAAUAUUGUUCUUAAAUUAUUGACCAAACCACGUGCUAAAGGUUGUAUAAUAUUUGGAUCGGACCAAGAAGUAGCAGGGGUUAUGAGAGCUGUCAGACGUUGUAACGCGACUGGUGCGUUUUCUUGGAUAGGCAGCGAUGGAUGGAGCGCACGAGGUUUGGUAAGCAAUGGUAAUGAAGCAGAAGUUGAAGGUACACUGUCGGUUCAACCCCAAGCGAAUCCUGUCGGGGGUUUCGAGGAAUACUUCCUAAAUCUCACUGUCGAGAACAACAGGAGAAACCCCUGGUUCGUUGAAUUUUGGGAAGAUCACUUUCAAUGCCGUUAUCCGAAUUCUUCUUUGACACCAUACAAUAAAAAAUACACGAAUGUUUGUAACACCCAGGAACGACUUACCAAAGAGAACACAGUCUUCGAGGAUCAAUUGCAAUUCGUAUCGGACGCUGUAAUGGCCUUUGCCUAUGCAUUUCGAGACAUGCAUAAAGAUUAUUGCGGUAGUAAAGUUGGAUUGUGUGAUGAAAUGAAACCAACCAAAGGAGUACAGCUUUUAAAGUAUCUACGCAAAGUGGAUUUCAAAGGUUUGAGCGGUGAUGAAUUUCGAUUCGAUAAGAAUGGUGAUGGACCGGCAAGAUAUAACAUCAUACACUUCAAACAAACCGAACCUGGUGUCUACAAGUGGAUACGCGUUGGCAAAUAUCUCGAGGGAGUACUACAUUUAAACAUGUCUAUGGUUCAAUUUAAGCUGGGACACAAUCAAACACCUGAAAGCGUUUGUUCCUUGCCAUGUGAAGUAGGCCAAGCGAAAAAAUAUGUCGAGGGUGAAAGUUGCUGUUGGCACUGUUUUAAUUGUUCUCAAUAUCAGAUAAGACAUCCAAACGAUGAAACACAAUGCAAAAAUUGUGAACAAGGAACGGUACCAGACGAAACUCAUUCUACUUGUAGCAAAAUACCCGAAGAAUUUUUAAGACUCGAAAGUGGAUGGGCUAUUGGUGCUAUGUCUUUCUCCUCUGUUGGAAUACUAGUGACUUUAUUCGUCUGCGGUGUAUUCCUAAAACAUAACGACACCCCUGUCGUUCGUGCUUCCGGUCGAGAACUUUCUUACGUCCUUCUCACUGGUAUCUUACUCUGCUACCUGGUCACGUUUGCUCUAGUACUCAGACCUACCAAUCUUGUUUGCAGUAUUCAAAGAUUCGGUGCUGGAUUUUGCUUUACCGUAGUUUAUGCAGCACUUUUGACAAAAACAAAUCGAAUAUCAAGAAUUUUUAACGCUGGAAAACACAGUGCCAAGAGACCGUCAUUUAUAUCACCAAGAUCUCAAUUGUUCAUUUGUUCCGGUUUAGUAGCGGUACAGAUACUUAUUAACGGUGUAUGGAUUGUUAUCGAUCCAGCUAAAGCGAUGCAUCAUUAUCCUACUAAAGAGGAUAAUUUGCUUGUUUGCAAUAGCUAUAUCGAUGCUAGCUAUAUGAUUGCCUUUGCAUAUCCUAUUAUGCUGAUAGUUGUUUGCACCAUUUAUGCGGUACUCACGAGAAAAAUUCCUGAAGCUUUUAACGAAAGCAAAUAUAUUGGCUUUACUAUGUACACUACCUGCGUUAUAUGGCUAGCCUUUGUUCCACUUUAUUUUGGUACUGGUAAUCAUGUCGCAUUGAGGAUCACUUCGAUGUCGGUGACCAUCAGUCUCUCUGCUACGGUGACAAUUGCAUGUCUGUUCACACCAAAGUUAUAUAUUAUUUUAAUUCGACCGGAGAGAAACGUUCGACAGAAUAUAAUGCCAUCAAGACCUUACAAUACUACCAAAAGCUCAGCUGUAACUGGUACAAAUGCUUCGAGCAUGAUGGCUCCUGUUACAUUAACCGCUGUGACUUGUGAUCAAAACAAAGCCGUUAAAAAACAUAUCAUCAAAACUAUGGACUGUUCUACGCAAAGCGAAUAUUACGAGUUAGAACUGAAGGAACGGAAGAAUGGAAAAUCGGCUCCCACUUUUGUUUCACGUGCAACGCAAACCCAAUCGAAUAACAACGAAAAGGAAACGAACGAUGGUGUUCAUCGUAUUGACAAAGAAUCGAAAGAAAAUGCGACAACAACGAGACAAACGAAUAAUACGAAAAUAGGAAAUGGACCUGUCAAUCAAAAGGAUGUUACUUUAUAGCAAAACGAUAUCGUUGAAAUGCCAAUCGUUGCGGCUAAUUUAAAACCGAUUUCGAAGAAGCCUGUAAUAGUCUAAACAAAAAGAAUCCAAUACUCUUAGAUAAUUGUAAAACGAAAUAAUUAUAGGAUAUUAAUUAUAUGACGAGCAAUUUUUUUCAUGACUUUAGAAAAAUUCUAAAAGUGUCAUUUAUUGCAUUAAUGAUGGACGAAAUUUUCAUUAAAAAAUUUUCGAUGAAAAUAUAUGGGGAAAAGAAAAAAAUAAUAAAUAAAAAAUAAUGAAAAACAAAAAAAAAAACAGAAAAUCGAUUUUUCCAAUGAAAAAGUAAAUAUUCCAAUGAAUAUAGUGGAUUUGAAUAUAAAAGAAAUCUCAUCUAACAAGUUUUUCUUGAUAAUUCAAUCUUUCUAUAUAUAAAGAAUCUGUUUAUCCUGCGUUAAAAAAAAAAAAUAAAUAAAUAAAUAAAUAAAAAAAACAAAGAGAAAGGAAAAGAAAAGAAAUCAUGGACCAUAGAAAAAAAUUGGACAGAUUUGUAAAUAUUAAAAAGGAAUAAAUCUAAUAAUUAAUGUUUCAUCGUUUAGAAUUUAAAGGUGACUGUGAUGAUGAAUGGACGCGUAAAUAUGUACGUAUAUAUCAAUGAUUAGACAUGAGGCGUUUGUAAAUCGCCAAAUGAAUUUUCAACAUCUAUAUAAAUCUAAUAAGAAAAAGAUUUAAUAAAGUGAAUAAAUCGAAAUAUUAACUAAUAAUAGUAAUAAUAAUAAUAAUAAUAAUAAUAAUAAUAAAUAAUAAAUAAUAAAUAAUAAAUAAUAAAUAAUAAAUAAUAAAUAAUAAAUAACACGAAGUCACACUUUUGAAGAGAUCGAUGCUCUAAGUUGCUCUGUGAUUUAGACGUAACUAAAUAAAAUUUUGUAUCUCUUCUGUGUAUAUAAUAUAUAAGAGAAAAAUCUUCUCCUGCGUUCCACAAUUCAUGCCAUAAUAUCAUGCACAAUUAUGCUAAUGUUAUUGAGAGAAUUACGUUUGUAAAUAUUUGUCGAUAUUGAAUCGAAUUGAUUGAUUUAUAUAAUAAGAAAAGAAAGAGAAAGAGAGAGGAAAAGAAAGAGAGAGAGAGAGAGAGAGAGAGAGAGAGAGAGAGAGAGAGAGAGAGAGAAAGAGAAAGGCGAAAUAAAAAAGAUGGAGAAAAUAUAAAACAUAUACGUAGAUAUGUUUUAUUCUAGAAUGUUGCCAAAAAAUAUAUAUAUAUAAUUAGGAUAUAUUUCUUUGAAAAUAAUUGUAAUAUUUGUAUAAACUGAUUCCCGUGCCAUAUCCACAGCGGCGAUAAAGAUCUAUUGUUCUCAUCUUCUGUAUAUAAAAGAGAAACACUUUGUAUAUAAUAUAUACACAUAUAUAUAUAUAUAUAUAUAUAUAUAUAUAUAUAUAUAUAUAUAUAAUCGAUGUUAACAUUAAAAAAUUAAGGAUAUUACAUUCUGACUUAGAAAACAAUAUGCUUAUUCUUAUCAGAGUUAUAUGCAAACACAAUAGGUAUGAAAUAAUUCGAAGAAAAAUGAUCUAUAACGUUAACGAGCAUUGAUCUUUCCAACAAUUUUUCCUUGACAUUGUAAAACAUUUAAAAAGAAAUAUAUUCGUUGUAGAAAAAUAAAGAAGAAACCAAAAGAUAAUUUGUAAAUACAUAUAGGAAAUGCAUUCUCAUUAGAUCUCACGAAACAUUUCUAAUUUAUAAUGCGAACGAGAUAGAAUUUUAAUUGUACUUUUAAUCGUAUACGUACAUACAUACAUACAUACAUACAUACAUAUGUGUAUAUCGAAAAAAUUUUUAUUCGCGAAUGCUUGUUAUUUUGAAUUCGCCUUACAACGAAUCCUCGACGCAAAUCGAUUCAAAUUUCUGUGAUUUCGUUACGUUUAUCUGAAACUUUUCGAAUUAAAAAAAGAAAAAAAAAAAAGAAAAAAAAAAAAAGAAAAAAAAAGAUAGAAAAAUAAGAGAGGGAGAAAGAUAAAAAAGAAA